UUCGAAUUCACUGAAUUCAGUUGGUCCCCAUUUCUCUGUCCUCUCGCGCAAACACAGAGAGGAUGAUGAAGAAGGUGUGCGUUGCUUCGACCAACCCCGUGAAGCUGCGGGCUGUGGAGACGGCCUUCAAGGCAGCCUUCAAGACCACGGGCACGGAGGAUGCCUUUGAGUUUGUCACAGUGAAAGCGCCGAGCGGGGUGAGCGAUCAGCCCAUGGGGGAUGCCGAGACGCUGACGGGCGCCAAGAACCGCGUGAAGAACGCCAGGGACAUGAUGCCCGGAUGCGACUUCUACUGUGGCCUUGAGGGCGGCUGCACGCUUGAAGAGAGCAACACAACCGGCGCUGGCGACGGCGGCGAGAUGACGUGCUUCGCAUGGAUCGUGGUGCAGGAUGCCGAAGGAAAGCGGGAGGGCAAGGCAAAGACAGGCACCUUCUACCUGCCGCCCGAGGUGACGAAGCUGGUGAAGGGCGGCCUGGAGCUUGGCCAUGCCAACGAUCGCGUGUUCUCUCAGCACAACUCCAAGCAGCAAGGCGGCGCCGUCGGCCUGCUCACGGACGGCGUCAUCACUCGGCAUCUCUACUAUGAGCAAACGGUCAUCCUUGCCCUCAUCCCUUUCAAGACCCCUGACCUCUACCCGUGCUGAGUGUGUGUUGUGUGUGCGUGCUGCGUCUGUGCGUGUGUGGGUGUGUGCUCUGUUUGUGUUGUGUAUGUGUAUGUGUGUGUGUGUAUGUGUAUGUGUGAUGUGUAUGUGUGUGUAUGUGCGUGUGUGCACAUCAGUGUACUCUGCUGUGCCGUCGUUCGACCUUCGUCUCUCCUUCACUUUAAGCAAUGCCAACGGAAGUGUUAGCCCUCCUUGUUCCGUUCAUGGAUGUGACACUUCCUGCUUUACUUGACACCAGUACAUCGUUCUGCCAUC